UGCAAGAAAGCGUUUGAGAAAAAGCUCCAUGGAUAUGUGUGAGAGGAAUCCUUUAAAUCCGGGCUACGUUGGUUCUCUGCUGAAUUUUGCUCCUCCAGAGUCGCUUUAUUUCGCCAACUUGCGCGGCAAUGGGGCGCACAUACCCGGGCUGCAUCAGCUCCCCUACAGCCGCAGGGAGGUGUGCUCGCUCCCGUGGACUUCCUCAAGUUCGGGCGCAUCUGGACCUGCAGCGGCGCCGGCGCAGGGCCGCGCCUUCGACGGCUACUGUCCGCCGUUCCUGCCCGGCUCCCCGUCCCUGAACAGCGACUCCGCCGGCGGCCUGCACGCCAAGACGCACCCGGGGGGAAGCAGUGAGUCCGGGGCUCGCUGCUUCCAGGACGCGGCAUCGCGCAAGUCGGAGGAGUCUGGCAGGCAGGGGGACGUUUACGCACCGGAACAUGCGGUGGUCCGCGGAUACUCGCAGCUGGACGGUGCUGGGUCUCACGGGGCUGCGGCACAACUCGAUCCAGAUCCGGUGUCUCCCCUGAAUCUGAACGGCUCCAAACGGGAGCAAAGUCUUACAUCAUCAGGUGGCGCGUGCUCCAGGAUGACUUUUGGCCAAGGUGCCCCGUGGUGCUCGUCACAAGUCAAAACAAGGAAAAAGAGGAAGCCCUACACCAAGCCACAGCUGGCUGAACUUGAGAAUGAAUUUCUGAUGAGUGAAUUCAUCAAUCGCCAGAAACGCAAAGAACUGUCAGACAGACUCGACCUGAGCGACCAGCAGGUGAAAAUAUGGUUUCAGAACAGGAGGAUGAAGAAGAAACGACUGAUGAUACGCGAACAGGCUUUCUCCGCUUACUGCUGACCUUUGGACUUGAUCCUGACCGGCUGCGCGUCCACGCCACAUCUCAGUUGUCCAACACGAUCUCCACCCCCCCAGAAAAGUUAUUUUUUUUCAUUUUCAUUUUUUAAAAUAAUGUGAGGUUUUGCAAAAUGAAAAGAAUUUACCUGGAGAGCCACUAAGCAAAAAAGAGACGCGUUUAAGAUCAGCAUGGCGCUGGAAGGAGGGUGCUGCUUCUGCUUACAUAUACCUCCCAUGUCUUAUCUACACUCCUCUAUGUGGUUUGAAUGAGGCUGCAAAAGCACUUUGGUUAAGGGGGGUAAAAAAAAUGAAAAGAAACUUUCAGAUUUACUAUGAAUACUUGCUUUGGGUGACGUCAUUGGGAAACGGUUCUCUGCGGUCAAAAUGUUUUAACAUAACGAUCGAUGCUGAUCUUUCUUUUUGGCUUAAAUAUCUCCAAUAUGAUCAGUAUUUCAUGUCACAAAGAAUGUAUUAAUAAUGCAAUAAACCAACGUCUUUUGGGGGGGAACUUUGAGGAAUUUUGAGGGAGAAUGUGAUGUGUCGUGCUUGCAGCCUGAGUUUAAUUUGAAGGUUACCUGCAAGUUCACGUU